UGACCGUCGCCGCGGCGCCCGGCAGCAGCGGCGUCGCCGGGGCCCUGCGCGCUCCGCCCCCCGGCGCCCAGCGAAAGGGGCGUCGCCGCGGCCUCCGCCAUGGCCGGUUGUUGUCAGUCGCUGGCAGCGGGUUAUGGCGACGGCGGUGAAUGAAUUCUCCGGGCGGCAGAGGGAAAAAGAAGGGCUCAGCCGGCUCCAGCUCUGCGCCUCGGCCGCCGGGGCCUCACCCUCCUCGCCGCCCGGGCCGGCCCCCCCCCGUGCCGCCGGCGGGGGCGGCGGCGGCGUCCCCCCACAAGCGGAACCUCUAUUACUUCUCGUACCCGCUCUUCGCCGCCUUCGCCCUGCUUCGCUUCGUGGCCUUCCAGCUCGGGCUGCUCUUCGCCUGGCUCUGCGAGCGCCUCUCCCGCGGCGCCCUCAUGGCCGCCAAGGGCAGCAGGGCCGGGGCCAGCGACGCGCCCGAGCCCGGCGGGGCCCCCGAGAUGGUGCGGGCCUGUCACAAGCGGGCCUUCGAGUGCAUCUCCAUGGCGCUGCGCAUCGACGAGGACGAGAGAGGACAAAAGGAACAAGCUGUUGAAUGGUAUAAGAAAGGAAUUGAAGAACUGGAAAAAGGAAUAGAUGUCUUAGUAAUUGGUCAAGGUGAUCAGUGUGAACGGGCUCGACGUCUGCAAUCUAAAAUGAGGACAAAUUUGGCAAUGGCCAAGGAUCGCUUGCAGCUUUUAGAGAAGCUGCAGGCAGUUUUGCAAAUUUCCAAGCCGCAAAUGGAGGUCUAUAAUGACAGUACUAACCUGGCAUGCCGCAAUGGACAUCUCCAGUCAGAAAGUGGAGCUGUUCCAAAAAAGAAGGAUCCCUUAACACACACGAGUAAUUCCCUUCCCCGUUCAAAAACUGUUGCAAAAAGUGGAUCCACAGGCCUUUCAGGUCACCAUAGAACUCCUAGCUACAGUGGAAUAUCAUCUUCUUCUGUGUCUAGACCAGCAUCUAAUCCUGCAGCUUCGACUCACAAGGCUGCUCCUAAAAACAGCAAAACAAAUAAGCCUUCUACUCCUACCACUGCUCCUCGAAAAAAGAAAGACUUGAAGAUAUUUAGAAAUGUGGACAGUAACCUUGCUAAUCUUAUCCUGAAUGAAAUUGUUGAUAGUGGGCCAGCUGUCAAAUUUGACGAUAUUGCAGGGCAGGAACUGGCUAAACAAGCUCUGCAAGAAAUUGUUAUCCUUCCUUCUCUUAGACCUGAGUUAUUUACAGGACUUAGAGCUCCUGCACGUGGUUUAUUGCUGUUUGGCCCACCAGGAAAUGGGAAGACAAUGUUGGCCAAAGCAGUUGCUGCAGAAUCCAAUGCUACCUUCUUUAAUAUAAGUGCAGCGAGCUUAACUUCAAAAUACGUGGGUGAAGGGGAGAAACUGGUGCGUGCACUAUUUGCAGUAGCCAGAGAACUUCAGCCUUCUAUAAUUUUUAUUGAUGAAGUUGAUAGCCUUUUGUGUGAAAGACGAGAAGGUGAACACGAUGCUAGUAGACGUCUAAAAACAGAAUUUUUAAUAGAAUUUGAUGGUGUGCAGUCUUCUGGAGAGGACAGAAUACUUGUGAUGGGAGCAACAAACAGGCCACAGGAGCUUGAUGAUGCUGUUCUCAGACGAUUCACCAAACGGGUAUAUGUGUCUUUACCAAAUGAGGAGACAAGAUUGAUUUUGCUAAAAAAUCUUCUAAGCAAGCAAGGAAGUCCAUUGACCCAAAAAGAGUUGGCGCAACUAGCUAGAAUGACAGAUGGAUACUCUGGGAGUGAUUUAACCGCAUUAGCAAAGGAUGCAGCGCUGGGCCCUAUCCGAGAAUUAAAACCAGAACAGGUGAAGAACAUGUCUGCCAGUGAGAUGAGAAAUAUCAAACUAUCAGAUUUCACUGAGUCUUUGAAGAAGAUAAAGCGCAGUUUGAGCCCUCAGACCCUGGAAGCAUAUAUUCGCUGGAACAAGGACUUUGGAGAUACCACAGUGUGAAACACUACUUGAAGUGAAAUGAAGUGCUGCCUGAGGAGUGAUUGGUACAGACUACUGGAAAGCAGCCAGAGUUUACAGGACUUUACAGAUCUUUAAGUAUCUGCAUUACAACUUGAGAUAAAGAAAAAAAUAUACAAUGUGAAAUGUGUUCAUCAAAGCCUCCUUGCCAUUUAGUGAGGACUUAAACGCUGUAAGUAAGAGCACAACAGGACUUGAGAUAAGAUUCUUAGCAAUCUGAUUAUGGUUGAACAAUAAUAUGUGUAUUUUGUUUCAGCUAGAAGGCUCUGAUGGUAUUGAUCAUUGGAAGACCUUUUCCCUAUGUUGUGUGUGUGUGUGUGUUCUUUGUUUUUAAUUUUGCCAUGACAUCAAUGUCUGGCUUUCUUCCUGGUAACUUACUAACUUAUAAUUGGAGGUUUGUAAAACUUUAGUUCAGUUUUUGACUUUUUUUAUCCUUAAUGUGCCAAAUAAAACAAUUUCCCUAUGCAGGGAGGAAGAACAGCAUCGGGGAAUUAUGAUUAUUAAAAUGUAAAAAGCAGCUGGUCUGUUAUUAUUUGUCUUUCUGUUUAGUUGUAAUGUGACUGUAUUGUUCACAGAACAGUUUUAAAGAAGACCUUUGAUAGCAGAACAGCAAAAAAAACCCAACCCUAUAAAACCAAUUCAAACUGUCUUUUAAAACAAUUUAGAUUACUAAAUAAAAAAAAUAGACUAAGACAUUCAUUUACUGGCAGUAUUUUCUCUUAUUGCAUUUUGUAACGCUUCCAUUGGUAGAAUGUUAGCUUAUGCUUAUGGUGUACAACUUGAAGCCCAGCUGAUGUCUGAGAGAGUAAGUGAUGCUAAUUGUCAGGUUUUGGAAAUGAUGUGUUUCUACUUUGUAUUUUGGUCUCUUGAUGAUAAUUGCAAGUAAAAUUUCCAUUGUGAUAAUUUUUUAAAUCUCCACAUGUAAGCAUUAAAAUACAAGGCUACAUGUUUAAUACAUGGCACACAUUAAUGUUUUUAUAGCUUUCAUAUCUUUUGGUUUAUAUAUUAAAGUAUGAAACACUCAAUUGAUCUGCUUUUUUAAAAAAGAAACUGCAUCUUUGUACAAAGACUUGUUUUUAUUAUAUAAACGACAAGCUAUUAAAAAAAACCCUUUAAAAAAGCCUUUAAAUACUGUAAUAAAGGAAGACAUCUUUGCCUUUACUUCCAAAGGCCUGACAACUUGUUUACAAAUUCUACGUGGAUUUGCAAGGCAGAACACUAGUUCCUUGUUAGAACAGGUUUGUGGGGGGGGGGGGGGUUUAGUUUUUUGGUUUUUUUUUUUAAAGACAACUCCCCCUAACUUAGUGAUAUUACAAAUAUGCAUAUUGUUUACAGUUGUUUCAACUAAAUUGAGUUACAAGCUCUGUUUGCUUUUGGUCUUAACAGAAAAUUUUGUUCUUAAUUUUGUUCAUUUAACUUAUUUUUUUAUUGAUAGGAGCAAGUCAAGUAUUUCUGGGACUACUCACCUGAAAGUUGACUAUAAAUAAUAUAUUAUAUAUAUAUAUCUAUAUAUGGAAAAAAAAGACCCUAGCUGAUAGAUGCAGUAUAGGUAUAGUAGUAAAUACCCAGAGCAGACUCUGUGCUCACUGUGUAGUAUUGAGUACUGAACAGCAACUGUGUCAAACUCCUGAGAUGCACAGAUGCGGUAUGUUUGGGAUUCUGUUUUUUACUGAACAAGAGAUGCUUUUAAUUGAUCUUAAGAUUAAAAGCAAUUAAGUAAGAGAAGACUGUGUUCCACUAGUAUGCCUUUUGAAAUAGUCUAACCAAACCACUUCUAGCCUUCUAAGGGUAUGGCUCUCAAAUCUAUGUCUGAUGUAAAUGAAAUGUGUGACUUCUGUUCCCCAGAGUGACUUCCCUUGGAAAAGCGAGAAAUGCUGAAAGAUUUCAGUUUCUUAAAUCUCAUGUCUUGCUUGCUUUGCCUUAGUUCUGCUUUCAGUAGACCAUCUCUGGUGCUGGAGAUUUUGGCUGACUUGAUCUGUGUUUGUCAUAGACCUCAUAGUGCUAAGCAUGAAGAUGUCACUGUUAUGUUAGCAUCUGCCAGAUAGCUCAACAGCUUAAGGUAGGCCCUUGGUAGUCUUACUCAUAAAGCUUCUUGUUUCCUUGAGAUCGUUUGCAAAUGAGAACUUUGAGGGUAACACUUCUGGGUUUGAGUGUUCCUAAUAUUUGUUAUCAAACUCUGGUUUCUUCCACUUAAUUUUGAGGAAUAUACUGGUAUGAAUUUCAAAUACAUACCUAUUGGCAUGUAAUAGGUACCUGAAAUGUUGAGGUAAAAGUUCCCAUCUGCUGAAACACCACCAGUAUGCAGCACAAAGGGUCAGAAGUCUGAGCUGCUAAUUCAGAGAAAGGGGAUUAGGCCUUUCACUUGUUUGUACAACCAGUUCAGGCCAAGAGAAUCUGUGUGACUGGUGCCACUGCUUUUUGGUUAUUUCUUCUGCCAGAUUGUUUUCUGCAUAAUGGAUGAACUACAGCUCUAUAAAUCGGUGCUGGAACACAGUAAUAAGAACUCGGUUUUGUUCUGUAACAUCAGUUUGCUCCACAGCUGUUGGAUUUUUAGCUCAUGACCCAGUGCUGUUUGGUUCAUAAAUCACCCUAAAUGUCUUGGUUAUGCUGUGUUCUGAAUACUGUCUUUUAAGAAUAGUUCUGGCCUUCAUAAGGCAUUAACGCACAUCUGCUUCCUUGUUUUACAUGUACUGAGUAAGUCCCAGCUUAGUCACUUUCAUCUGUGUUGGAUUAACUGUACAAAAGCAGAUCUAGGAGGGGAAAAAAGAAAACCAACACAAACCACCAAAACCCAACCAACCAGCCCAAACAAAAAAAAAAACCUCCAAAAUUCAACAUCACACCACACACACACACACCCCUCCCACACCCCCCGCUGACUUCCUGUAUUUCCCAAGGCUGUGGUAUUUUAUAUAGAACUUUGCAGCUAUAUUUACCAUAAAAUCAGAUUAUGUUCUAAUACAGUAUCUUGAAUGAGGCUAGGAUAAGCAGGGCGGCAGAUUGGAUGCUUUUAACCUUUGCAAAGAUUGGCAUUACAUUAGCUCUCUAAACUGUCUUUUUUUCAUGUGUGUAUGUAUGUGCCCACUGCUAAUGAAGGAGUGAUCUGACCCACUUUUUUGAGAAUAAUCUCAAUGGGAAGCAGGUUGUCAGGCGCUCUGCCAGCAUGUUUUACUGACUUUAAGUGUAGCAGUUACUGGAGGGAGGAAAAAACCAUGAGCCCAGCCUGCCUGCACCCACCCCCCAUUUUUUUAACAACCUUUUUCAUAUAUCAUUGCUUCUGUUUAUUAAGCAAGAAACAUACCUUUUGUCUUUCUGCAUGUUGGAAGAACAGUGUCUUCUCAGGCUGCGGGCUGCUGCUUUUGGUGGCAUAACAGGAGGAAAAAACUCAAGCACUGUGUGAUGCUUUGUCACCUUUGAAAUGAGAAUUUGUUGUGUAUUGUGAUUAUCCCUUUACUAAUGUUGACUUUUCUGUAGAGUACACCAAACCUGUACGGGUUCUCUCCUUGCAGCUAAGACAAAACCAACACAUAAUAUUAAAGAUAAGCCUUAAACUAGGAUAUUUAUGCACAUCUAAGUCUCUGUCCUGUUAGUCUCUUAGACUUCACAGAGUUCUGUGUAUUAGAAAUAGGUAUUCUGCCCCCGAGACGUCUUACUGACUCUACUUCAGAAAGUCGCUGAUACGGUUUUGUCCAAUGUGGCCCUGCAACUUACUUUAUGUAGGUAAUAUAUGUGAUGGUAACACUUUAAAAUGGAGAAUAGGAUCUCUAAACUGAGGUAUUUGUUGUCACUGCACUAAUUGGAGGCCAUUGCUGAUCUCACUGUUAGAUUCUCUCAAAUGUUUUUAAAAUGGUAGUGUUUAUAUAUAUAUAUAACUUACUCAGAUAAUUAACCUUACCUUCUGGUGUAGAAUAAAUAGUAGUUUUUGUAUUCUUACCAAGCGGGUUUUAGCACAGCUUGGCACUGCUGCCAAGUCCAUCUUAGGAACCUGUAAGUACUCUGCACUGGGAAUACUGAAGUCGGAUACGAUGACAAAUUUAACAGAGACUUCUGUUCUGCAACCAGUAUGGAAAGCAGCAUUCUCCUUAGGGCUUCCUUAACCACCUAUGGUCAAAAUUUGUACCCUAGCUUCUUACACUGCUUUCCUACCCAAGACACGGGUAAUGAAGACACGCUUCCCUAGCUAUUCAGUGCUGUAGUGAUGCUUCUGCAUGUGGCGGCUUUGGGAGGUGGCAAGCGCUAUUGUAGGUGACGGAUUUUCCAGUCAUUGUCUGUGGCGGUCUCAAGCUUUCGUGAUGUUUUUAGUUGUUGGGGAUUUUACCAGAUAUCAAAAUUGGAAUGAAAAGUAGCAGGCAGGUAGUGAAUGCAACUAGUUAUCUCAGUCACUGUGCUAAUUAGAGGCAGUUGCUGAUAUUGUUAGGUUCUCUUGAGCUGCUAUUCAGUGUUGAAGGAUGUUGUUUUACUCGCCUAUGUGAAUUUUUAUUCUCAGAACUAUCUACUGGUCAUCCUAAGAGGUGAGCGAUGGAUCAGUUAUUUUCUUUUAGAAUUUUUUCUUUAAACAUUCUUUUAAAUAUUUUUCCUUUUAAAUACUGUUAAUUGUAAUUCCACAGGAUAAGGAAGUUAACUGUCGCUUCCUACAAAUACAGUAUAAUCUUCGGAAGUAUGGGGAAACGUGUAUUGUGUUCUUCCUGCUUCUCCUGUAAAUCAUUAACUGUCUUAGAGUAGAAACUGUUUACUUUGUCAAUAACUACCUCCUGAAUUUGGCAAUAAUUGGCAAGGUGUACGCUCCUCCAGUGGAUCAUAUAUAUUGGCUAAACACUGUGGGUUCUUCAGAGUUUGAUCUUUUGGUUCCCAGAGUCUUGACAUGUCUGGAAACUAUGGUGAUCAACGUUGUUUUGCUGCAAGACUUUCUUUGCCUUCAUAAGACCACACUUCUUAAAGUUCUGUUUCAGAGAAAUGGUUUUGAGGGGAAAAAAGUCAAUGUUCUCUGUAGUUGGUUAAUAUAGGCAUGUUCUUCUACAAUGUUGGGGUGUAGCCUCUCAGUUCUGCAAGUUCGUUGGUUUUUUUUUUACCAUUAGAAGCAGGGAAGAAAGUACUUUAAUAGUUGUACACCUAUCAAAGGGACUGGAAACAGAGAAACUGGUUUUGCCACAUGAUUCAAAUUUUUAUUCAUGUGAAGGGCUAAUCAGUAUUUUUGAGAUCUGGAUUAAAGUGACAAAAAAACAAAGGUGGAGACAAAACACUAUACCCCAUCCCAAUUAAAUAUAUUGGGUGACUCCAGUCUGGGAUGGGGUUAAUUCUUGUAUUUUGUUAUUUUCAAGCACAUUUGUUUCAUUGUUCUCUUAAGAAUGUCUUCUGAAAUGUUAAACAUCAUUUUAUUAACAAGCAAUGUAAAAAGCAUGAUGAGCAGUCACAUAGCUUUAGCUUCACAAUAAAAUGUUGCAUUUGUCCUGUU